GUCUUGGUCAACCUCGGCCCGGCGCUCUCCUGCUCCUCCCACCCGCCAUCGACACCCCACCAGCGCCGCUCAGCAAGCUCUCUUUGCAGCCUCUUUGCAUUUAUUUUCGCUAUUCCUGCAGCACCUUGGUCCGCUCGGGCCCGCAUCCGCCCUACCCAAUCCUCCACGAUACAACCUGAGCCAUCAUGUCGUCGUUGUACCAGCAAACCAUGUCGCUGAUGGAGAUUCUCCACUCCAUCCCCGGCUUUGACUUUUAUCUCUUUCCCGACGGAAUCGACAUGUUCGUCGCUGAGCCCACAAGGAUCGUCAACCCUGUCGACAUCCUAGCGCCGUGCUUCCGUCUCGGAGCCCCACUGUGCAUGAUCGUCAACCUGUUUCCGAUCGACAAUCCCAUCGACAUCCCCCAAUGGACCACCAUCCCCGAUAUCGUCAAUGAUCCCCAGGCCAAGAAAUCGUGCAAACAUCUUGCUUACACCUUCUUGCUGACUUGUAUGAAAGAUCUGGGCAUCAAGAACGAGGAGCUUUUCACCCUUACGGAUCUCGACAAGGAUGACACCAACCUGUUCAUGAAGGUUCUUAACGUCAUUAACCGUCUCGUCGAUCGCCUGAAGGCCCAAGGUCGCUUGCCCCCUCUGAAGCCCCUGCCUUUCAAUGUCCCUGUCAACAACGAGGCGCCCAAGGAUAACCGAGCCAAAGUCCUGUUCGAGUGUCUGGAAACGGAACGCAAGUAUAUCGAGCACCUCGAGCGCCUACAAACGUUCAGCAAAGAGGUUGUCGCGCAGAACAUUUUGUCCAAAGAUUUGGCCCACCAAAUCUUUGCCAAUCUCGACGAUCUCCUGGACUUUCAGCGGCGCUUCCUCCUUGCGAUGGAGUCGACUCUUGCCUUUGGUGAUCAGCAUCGUCUGGGUGCCUUGUUCAUUGCGAACGAAACCUCGUUCUGUGAUACCUACGAACCCUUUUGCUCCAACUUUCAAACCGCUUCGGACAUUGCGCUCGAAGAGACCCAGAUUUUGGCUAGGCUAUCCCAUAUCAUCCCGGUUCAUGAAGUUCAAUCGUAUCUGAUCAAGCCCAUCCAGAGAAUUUGCAAAUAUCCACUUCUGCUGAAGGAGCUGAUCAAAUACUCCACAGCGGAGGAAUAUCCAAACCUGCCCGAGCUCCUGGAUGGACUCGAGUCUGUCAAGCGUGUAACGGAGUACGUCAACGAGCAGAAGCGGAUCCAGGAAAAUGUCUUGCUGAAGAAUGAUCUGAUUGAUCGGGUUGACGACUGGAAGGGCCUGCAAGUCAACGAUUUUGGGGAUCUGCUCCUGACAGACAGGUUUUCGCUCGCUAGCAACGAAGGCGAUGCCCAGUUCUCUCUCUUCUUGUUUGAGAAAAUCUUGCUGUGCUGCAAGGAGCUUCCAAAGAAGCGGCAAACGAAAGCCCAUGGCGGCGAUGACAGUAUGCUGGCUGUUAUCGGCAACAUCUACAUCACUACCAUCCAGGCUAUCCAGGACGUCAGUCGCAGUGAAACGCUCUUUUUUGGCCUCAAGGUGUUCUGGCGCGACGUCAAGGAGAUGGAGUCGUUUGUGCUCAAGGCCCGCAACCCCGAGCAAGUUCGCCUGUGGAAGGAGCGAAUUGAGCAGCUCAUGGAAAUGGAUCGGGCCCCACGCUUCCGCGGCUCCGAUGCCGGGGGCUAUCGCAAUUCAGGCAGUGAGCGCCGGCGCAACACCGACGACUACGAUCUGGAUCGCUAUUCGGUGGGAAGCAGCCGUAACAGAUCACGAAGCCGCGAGCGCGGUGAGCUCGCGGACAAUCAGCACACGUACAACCCGUAUCUGGAGCCGUCGUUGCAGCAUCCCCAGCCCCGUGGACCCUCCAACAUGCAGCGGUCGAAGAGCAAUCCGCAUAAUUACUACCCACCGGUGCACCCGCAACAGCAGUCUGGUUCGGAGUUUGCGGUCGGCGGUGGUCGUCGUAGCAUGCGAUCGUCCGGAGGCAGCGAUCGAUACAGUGCUGCUUCUGGCGAGCCUGCUGAGCCGCCGCCAGUUCCUCCAAUGCCCCCGGUGAACUACCAUAACGGUCGGCGACCAAGUGCCUAUGAGGUUUCCUACAACCCUGGUCCGCCACGCAACCCCUCCAAUCCCGCUAAUGGCGGCCCGUCGCCCCAUGUCGGAUACGUGAGCAAGUCGACGACUCCGACACCGAUGACGGCCGUGUACACCACCCGGGUGUCGGCAGCUAAUUCGCGAUCCAACUCAUUCUCUGGCUUUGAGAUGAUGAAUGGAUACGGCCACGGCACCGACGACAUCCGCGAACCGCCUCGGGGUCGGCAAGGCCAGGGAUCGAUGCGGGAUGCCCCUCGCGAACCCCCGCGCGAGCCCCCACGCGAUCUUUCUUCCCUUGAUCCGCUCUCUGGGGGUCCGCCGGACGCACAGCAGCAUCCGCCCUAUCAAGCGCGCACCACUCCUCAGCCAUAUCCCCAGGGUCUUGAUUUUCCAACACCGCCUGGAUCGACCCCUGUCUCUCCCGGCCGACACCGAAAGUCCGGAAGCCGAGGGGUCGCCAUCACAACCCGUGUGCAGACUCCCGAAGGCUAUUUGGAUGCCGGCGCCGAUACGCUCGAGGGACAAGGCCAGGCCAAGGCUCUGGACAUGAGAGAGGUCAUUCAAAUGAGACAGGAGUAUCCUCGUCGUCUUCAGCAAAGUCAGGCACAGCUUCAACAGCUGCAGAGCAUCAUUCAAUCCGAGACAGAAAUGUAUGACUCGCAGAACUCGCCCACUGCAGUGACGCCCGCAGACCACGAUGCCGAGGCCGAUUCAAGUGAGAUGUAUCACGAUGGCAACGUCGUUUUCAAGCGGACAAGUGGUACGACCGGCGAGUCUGGCCCUAUCGACCAACUUUCCUCGAGGUUGCAGCCUAUGCAGCUGAACGACUCUGGCGCGCGAUGGAACGCCGGCCCUGGCGAGGAUCGCAUACGCGCCCCGCCCACCACCGCGCUACCUGCAGUUCCCGGCAGCGUCCCAGGACAGCCUGCCAUCGCCCCCAGAGGAGCCUCCCACAUUGCUGCCGAUGGGAGAUUCAAAACACCUCCCCCAGGCCCCUAUGGCGCUGUGGCGGACCAACCCCGCCGCAUGGCAUCCCCGGCAAAUAUGAACCAAAAUGGAGCCGCUCCAGGCUCAGGCUUUGCUCCGACUGCCCCGCCUUCUCACGCACAUUAUCGCAGUCAACCGACACCAUCGCUUUCGGCUCCAGGUGUUCCAAAUGCCGGGUCGAGCCUUGGCUCCUCUGGCGCGAGCAGCGUGACCAUGUCGCAUGUCAAGAUCAAGAUUCAAUUUGGUGCCGAUAUCUUUGUGAUUGCUGCACCUCUCAAGUCGACAUAUUCAGACCUGUAUCAGAAGAUCGAGCGCAAAAUGAAGCUGGGCGGCACUCCUGUCCCCGAAGGUGGUCGCCUGAAGCUCAAGUACAAGGACGAAGACGGCGACCUUAUCACCGUCAAUAACGACGACGACGUCUCCAUGGCCUUUGAUGUGGCACGCAGGGGCAAGGCAGGAGAAAAGGGGACAGUGAACAUGGUGGCUCAGAUCUAACGCUGCUCUAGAGCCCACGACGAAUCAGCCACUUGACCCUAUCCAGGGGUCCGUCUGUCGCUGUUCCCCGCCCUCUAUUAUGGAAUAUCGCCCAUUGCGCCCAAGUUUUGAAUACAAGGGAAAGUAGCACAGCCCCCAAGCGAUAGGGGUUCGUCAACCCAGCAUGUUGAAUAAACAUUAGGGCACAUCGCCUCGUUCGGACAAAAUAACA